GCGCUUUUAUGCUGGGCAGAGUGGGAAUCAAGUUUGCCCUUGGCUCUGAUGGAGGGGAUCUGCUUUUAGUGCCUCCCAAAUUGGAUUUUAAUCUGUUCUGAUGAAAUGGGAGAUCAGUAAGGAACUCCAUCCAAGGUGGCAAUGAAGUAAGAAGUUCCAGGAGCACUGCAUGUUAAAACUUAAUUCAGGGUCCUCACCCAAAGUGCCAAGGGCAGCAUAAUUAACCGUUCAAGAAAACUUGCAUUAAAAUGACUCUGAUUUAAAAUACCGUGUGGAAAUAAGAAAGAAGAUGUUUAGGAUGAGAAGUAGCUACAUAGGCUGGAAAGUUCUCACUGGACACCACCUUUGCUUGGCUUCACGUACCAGAGUAUGGUCACUUCACCCUGGCCAAAGUGACCACGUCAGCUGCUUUUCAGCUGCCUUCUCUAGGAGUUGUUGCAGUUCUGUGCCUGCAACAGGAGCUGACUGUGUGACUUACUGGCAGCAGAUAUUUGAACAGAGGGCGAUAUCAGAGCCCUUGCUCUCAGCUGAGCACAUCGUUUCCCAUGUGCUUGGAGGAAAAACUAUUCACAGCCUUGGAGCGGAGGCCCUGACUAACCCACUCACUGCAGAGCUGAAGCAGACAAUCUGGGAUUUGUGUUCCAAGCGCCUGCAACACAUGCCUGUGCAAUAUGUGAUUGAGGAAUGGGACUUCUGCGGUCUAACGCUGAAAGUAAAGCCUCCAGUCUUUAUUCCCAGACCAGAAACCGAGUGUUUAGUCGAUCUGGUGCUGUUGGAACUCGCCACAAAAGAAAAGGUUGACUGGCAAAGCUUAAGUCAAGCUUCAAGCCCAAUUUUCCUGGAAAUUGGGUGUGGAUCUGGUGCCAUAACUCUGAGCUUGCUGCACUUCUUCAAACAAGGUUUUGCCGUGGCAGUGGAUAAAAGCCCCGAAGCUGUGAGCCUCACCAGAGAAAAUGCUGAGAGAUUGUGUCUUCACCACAGACUUCAAGAAUUGCAACUCAACAUUUUAUCCGAUGCCCCUGAACUGGCUCGGAUCUGUAAAGCUGUGGACGUUAUUGUCAGUAACCCUCCAUAUAUAUUCCAUGAAGAUAUGCCUGGAUUAAUGCCAGAGAUCCUCAGGUAUGAAGACCAUGAUGCACUGGACGGAGGAGUGGAUGGGAUGAAGGUCAUCAAACCUAUACUUCUUGUUGCAUCUAAAGUUCUGAAAGAAUAUGGGAAGGUUUUCCUUGAGGUCGAUCCCAGGCAUCCUGUGAUGAUUGAAAAUUGGCUUCAGGAAUGUCCCAGGCUGCAGCUCAGCUAUCUAGCCACUCACCAGGACCUCUACGGAAAGCCACGUUUCUGUGUACUGCAGAAGAAGUUAAUACAUUGAAGGGCCAAGACCUUACCUCCUCCAGAGAGCAAGAUUAGUUAUGCAGAUGUCUGCUGGGUUUUUUGCCUUGAAUUGCUGUCACAUGAUUGAUUGAUUGAUUAGAUAUUUGUAUUAAUAAGCAGGUGUACAAGUGUACCUAAUAAAAUGGCCACUGAAUGUAUGGCACCAUAUACUACCUUGAGAUUCCUUUUCAUGCAGGCAAUGACAGGAAAAUAAAGAAAUACAACUGAAUUUAUGAAAAAAAAUAUACAUUAAUAAAUACAUUGGAUUCCGAUUCAUUGGGACAGCCGCUUAUUUGGCACAAUUCUUAC